UGAUUGGUCCGGCUCUCCGGCAGCGGCCAUGAGCGCCGGCGCUGAGCUGCGGAGCCCGAGCGGGGCUCUCAGUCGUCGCAGCUCCGUCCGUGCGUGGCCGUGCGGCUCAGGAACAGGCUGUGCGCCGCUCCAGCUGCAGUCUGCUCCGGCUGAAUGAAGGGCUCCGUCCAUGCGGAGGUUCGCGCUCACGCUGCUGCCCUGCGCUGCCGCCGUCCUGGUGCACUUGUGGCUGGCGCACCGACGCUCCUCCACCCCGCCGGACUGCGCUCCACUCUCCGAUGAGCCCCUGCCUUUCUAUGAAGUUCUGGUGGGAGUUCUGUCAGCGAGACACCACCAUGAGCUGCGACAGGCCAUAAGGGAGACCUGGCUGGGCUACAUCAGAGAUCACCCCCACUUCCAGCACAGGGUGGAGGUGAAGUUCAUCGUGGGAAAUCAUGGCUGCGAUGUUCCCGAGGAGGACAGGGAGGACCCUUACUCCUGCAGCCUCCUGAACUUCAGCGAGCCGGUGACGGGUCAGGAUGCUGAGAUAGAGACGGUGGUGGUCACCGACCCGUCUGUGCUUGCUCCCGCCGACGUGUCCGCCGUCGCCCUGGACUUCAAGGUCCUCCAUCCGGUGGUCGUUACCAAACUUGGGGUGUUUUCCAGCAGCUCAAGAGCCGAGCUUCAUGGAAAUGUGACGGUGAAGCUCCUGCAGCUCGAUCAAGAGGAGGCCGUGGUCACGGCUCGCUUCAGCCCCGCUAGCACAGGAACCAUGCUGAACUGGGUGUGGUACAAACCUGUGGAGCAGUUCAUCCUACCGAAGGGCUUCGAGGGGACGCUGGUUUGGGAGAGCGCAGACUCGGCCGCUCUGACCACGGUCGACGCCUCGUCUGUGAAGCUCAGCGAUGGAGGAGGAGUCCUGAAGAUCUCCUCUAUUGCAGAGGGCGUCCUGCCCCACAGAAGUGCUCUUGGAUUUCCUGGUUUGGCCGGAGGCUUCACAUUUACUAUCUAUGAUGGAGACGGUCUGGCGGAGCUCCUGCGUGGUCGUCCGGCCAGGAUGGAGAGCCACGCCUCCAGGCUGAGGCGGGAAGACGCGGCGCUGCAGGAGGAGAGCCUCCGACAUGGAGACAUGGUGCUGGUGGACGUGGUGGACACAUACAGGAACGUGCCCUCCAAACUGCUUCAGUUCUAUAAAUGGUCUGUGGAGAACACGGCGUUCAGUCUGCUGCUGAAGGCGGAUGACGAUUGCUACAUCGAUGUGGACUCCGUGUUACUAAAAAUUGACCACAAAGCUCUGAAGCGGCGCCAUUUCUGGUGGGGGAAUUUCAGGCAGAACUGGGCGGUGGAUCGUAUCGGGAAGUGGCAGGAGCUGGAGUACGCCAGCCCGGCCUACCCGGCGUUCGCGUGCGGAUCGGGGUACGUGGUUUCUCAGGACCUGGUCCAGUGGCUCGCCGGCAACGCAGACAAACUGAAGGCCUACCAGGGAGAAGAUGUGAGCAUGGGGAUUUGGAUGGCAGCAGUUGGACCACAGAAAUAUCAGGACGCCGGCUGGCUCUGCGAGAAGGAGUGUUACGCCGACAUGCUGUCGUCUCCUCAGCACACGGCGGAGGAGCUGCGCUCGCUCUGGGACAGGAAGAGGGUCUGCGGCGACCCCUGCGGCUGCCUGUGGGACCCUUAAACGUCGUCACGCCGCUCCGCGGGUAAAAAAACUGACAAUUUCUGUCAUGGAUUUAGCUUCAAAGACCAAAAUGAGCCAUUAUAUGUUAGAAUCUUACUAUUUUUGAGGUCCAUCAAAAUAAUCAAAUCUAGCAGUAACUUGAAUAAUUUGUGGUUUUAAAGCUCAUUUAGUCACUUUUAGCAUUUAUAAAGAAAUUGAUGCUGGUUUUCUGUCAGGGAUGCACGUGUAAAGAAUCCGCCUGAACGCUGUUGGCAUUGAUCCGGGUUUACAGUUGAUUCUAUGUCCUCAUUUGUACACUUCAUGAGGGUCUUUCACACAAACACUUUGUACUGUUGUGCGAACCGUGAUGUGGCCUUUCUGUGUUAGUUAGGCAUCUUUGUGUGUGUUUGCACCUGUGAUGUCUGCAGAGAGUUGGAUGCAGCUCUCCUCAAAGGUAAUAAAGCUGACUAAAGACGGAUCAAAA